UACUGGGGGUCAGGUGGUUUUCUGCAGCUAAAGUACUCACCUGUACUCACCUGUCAGGUACUCACCUGUACUCACCUGUCAGGUACUCACCUGUACUCACCUGUCAGGUACUCACCUGUACUUACCUGUCAGGUACUCACCUGUACUCACCUGUCAGGUACUCACCUGUACUCACCUGUCAGGUACUCACCUGUACUCACCUGUCUUCUCCCUGCAGGUAUCGCAGAUCGCUGCACAGCUGUGAAAUAUCACUUCUCUCAACCAAUCAGACUGAGGAACAUCCCUCUGAACCUGACCAGGACCAUCCAACAGGACGAGUGGCAUCUCCUGCACCUGCGGCGCAUCACAGCCGGUUUUCUCGGCAUGGCGGCGGCCGUCCUGCUCUGUGGGACCAUCGUUGUGUCGGUCGGGUUCAUCUGGGAGGAAAGUCUGACGCAGCACGUCUCUGGAUUACUGUUCCUCAUGGCAGGGAUCUUCUGCACCAUCUCUCUGUGUACGUACGCAGCCAGCGUGAGCUACGACCUCUCCAGAAACCCCCCCUUCAUCUACGGCCUGCCGGCUGACGUGGACCACGGCUACGGCUGGUCUCUCUGCUGCGCCUGGGCUAGUCUGGGUCUCACCGUGGCCUCCGGAUGCCUCGGCACCGCCUUCCCCUUCCUGAGCCGGGCCGGAGCUCUGCACUCCAAAACCGCCCGCGAGUCCUCGGUCUGAGCUCGCCAAGCUGUCAAUCAAACAGAGGUCUGGACCUGGUUUAUGUGACCCGGGGUCCUGCACGGGCUUCUUGACCUCCAGCGGUUUCAAAGGUGUCACCUGGCCGCAGUGACGAACAGGUGCAAUCCGGUACACCGUGACAUCAUCGUUGGGGUUGUGGUUACAGGUGUCUUUGACCUAGACCAGAAACAGAGGGGACAGGAAAACUGUAGGAGCUAGCAUGCUAACAGGCUAACAAUCAGCAUCCAAUCAGCAUCCUUCUUCUCUGCUUUUUUUUGUUGUUUUUUCUUCUCACCUGCAGUUUCUAAAACAAGAACAUAAAGGAACACGUAACCAUGAACACACCUCCAGGAUGAGUCCAUCAGCCUGAAGGGGUCCCGCACUUUAUAAAUCCAGCGUAGAAACCAGAAGACCCCAAAAACCUGCAGCUCCACAUCUGUCCAAGUGAAAUCAGUCUGAAGCUUUUUUUCCCACAAAGCUAGCGCAUCAUUUUCUUUGGCUUAUUAUCUUUUGUAGCUUUCUCAUAUUUAAGUCUUUUAAACUUAAACUAAUCUUCAGGCUGUAAAGAACCCUCAGAGAUCUUAACCCCCGAACCUGUAAAUACUAAAAUGAAACUAAAUCAAUCAAAAUGUAAAGUAAAAGUAUCGAGUAUCACCAUAUUAUGUUUUGUUGAGUCUGUAUUGCUUCUCAAAAAAUGAUGUUCUUUAUACUGUGACGGUUCUCCUACAAUUAAGAUCAAUAUACCGCCUCGCUUGCAGUAUCGUAAUAUAUUAUGGAGGUAUUUCACAUGUAAAUGUAUACAAGUAUAGUGUUUUUUUCUACCUGAUCAGAGAAUAUAUGAAUUAAUUGAAGCAGUGUUGUGUUGGAGCUCAAUGAGGAACCUCGUGUUUUUGUCUGGAGAACAUGUGGAACAUCUGUAAGAGAAUAUUGCAGAGAACCCUUACUCAUCAAACACUGGACCUGAUUCACCAGUCAGCUGGUCUGAGAUCAGAGCCUCACACACACAGGAAGUCCAGGGUCUGAACAGGUGAUCCAGGUCUGAACAGGUGAACCGGGGUCUGAACAGGUGAACCAGGGUCUGAACAGGUGAACCAGGUGUAUAAAUAAAUGCUAAAUGCUGCUGCUUGGU